CUAAUGUUUGUGCUCUAAAUUAAAACAAUUGGCCCAACAUUGUAAAAAUUGCAAAUCCUGCUAUGUAAUUAAAAUAACCAUCAAAAUAUUCAAAUCUGCAGAUAAAUUAUUAUUGUAGACUUGCUGUAAUUAUUAUCAUUAUAUGAAAAUAUGAGGUAGUAAUUGUUGAUGGAACUUCUGUACCAAUCUUUUUCAUUAUAAUAAAUCCUAAUGAUUGAAUAACACUGCAAAUUAACAUACUAAUACAACCAAUUAUAUGCAUAACAUGGUCUUCAACUGUAAUUGUUGGAUUAACAAUUACUACUAUUCCAAUAAUACAUAUAAUCGAAUUUAAAAAUCGAGAUUUUGUGAUUCUUUCU